UCUCCCCCUUCGACUGCUCCGCCUCUCCUCAGGCUCAUCCCGUCUUUGCCAAUACUGUCGAGGGCUUGCGCUACCCCUUCCUCUUCUCCUUCUCCGAUUUCGAAACCCUCCCCGACAAGCCUCAUAAGAACAUCAUAAGGAUGCUCAAAGGGAAGCCCUUUCGCAAGCCCGAAAUCUCCGUCACCAUUCAGGACUUGCUCGAUAAGGCCAAGAGUAAGGGUAAGGAUGGGUUGGUCGUCGACGUUGGUGCCAACGUGGGUAUGGCCACCUUCGCCGCCUCUGCCAUGGGGUUUCAGGUUUUUGUGUUUGAGCCCAUGUUAGAGAAUUUGCAAAAGAUCUGUGAAGGGAUUUACUUCAAUCGAGUUGCGGAUUUGGUCACUGUGUUUGAGGCCGCUGCGUCGGAUCGCGUUGGUAACAUUACUGUUUACAAG